UACGCUACUCUAUCUUCAUGGUUAUGUAUAAAAAGAGCCCAUAAUCUCCAUUUCCCAAACAUCACUCUCAAGUCUCAACACCCAAUUCUGUUCAAAUUCUGCCGGUUGAAAAUGAACUCAGAUCUAGAACAAAAACAACCCAACUGUUCGACUAAGAACAACAUGAAGAGAAAGACUGGUGGCUUGCUAGGGAUCCUAAUAUUAUUACAAUAUCUAGGUUCCAUCAGAGCAGACCCGGAUCCCCUUCAGGACUUCUGUGUCGCCAGCACCAGCACCAGCACCACCUCUCAACCCUUCUUUGUCAAUGGCGCACCCUGCAUUAACCCAGCACAAGCACUUCCCGUCCACUUUAUGACAUCUGUUCUGUCCAAACCUGGUAACACAAGCGCCAACCCAUUUGGUUUCAAUGUAACCCUCACCAACACAAGAAACCUGCCUGGUAUGAACACCCAAGGUCUAACCAUGGCACGCAUCGACAUAGCGGCAAAUGGGCUCGUACCACCCCACUCACACCCUCGAGCCUCGGAGGUCACCUUCCUCCUUAAGGGCAACCUUCUUGUGGGCUUUGUAGACACCUCUAAUAGACUCUUUACGCAGCAGCUGCGUGAAGGAGAUUCGUUUGUGUUCCCUAGAGGACUAAUCCAUUUUCUCUACAAUCUCCAAUCCUCCCCGGCACUAUGUGUCUCUGGCCUUAACAGUCAGAACCCCGGUGCACAGCUUGCUGCAAUUGCGACAUUUGCAACCAAUCCCUCCAUUCUUAAUGAUGUUUUGAAGAAGGCGUUUCAAGUUAGCGAGAAAGAUGUUGCCAGAAUUCGGAAGAACCUUGGCGGGUGAUUACUUUACUACUUUACACCUGCUGGAUGAAGAUAAUUACUAGUUAAUUGUAACUUAUUUCUUAUGAUUGAAAUUUCCUUCUCGACGUAAUUUAUGGAUUCUUGUACCUCCAAGAUGAAAAUGAAGAGAAGAUUGGGGUUGUCGUAUUGUUCAUGUGAUGUUACACCGUUAAACUUGAGCCAUGUUGACAGGA